AUGGGGCGUGAUGGAGCAGUGCUUGAGGGAGCACGGCAGGUCACGCGUGAGCCUCGCAUCACCCCGGAGCUGCGCGAGGUGAAAGGCCGGAGCUGCCUCCUCCCCGAGCAGCUCCGCGGGGCGCGCACCCGGCACGGGCAGCUGCGCGCCCGCCUGGCAGCGGGAGAUCCUGGAGCGCAAGCGGGCCAAGCUGGCCGGGGCGGGCGGCGAGCCCGAGCCCCCGGCCGGGGAGCGGCUGGUGGUGGCGGAGAGCCUGGGCCCGCUCCGCGAGAACCCCUUCAUGCGGCUGGAGAGCGAGCGGCGCCGGCUGCGGCAGGGGCGGCCCGGGCCCGGCGGCGCGGCGCGGCCGCUGCGCCGCAGGUGGGACCGGGCGCUGCCCGGGCCGCGCCGCCCGCUGCGCCCGUGGGACCCGGCUCCCCCUGCGCCCCCGCGCCCCUCCAGAAGGGACCCGGCUUCCCCCGGGCUCCGGCGCCAAAGGCGGGACCGGCAUCUCCGCCGGCGGUCCCGGCCACCCCGCCUCCUCUCCCAGCUCCCCCCCGGGCUGCCACCCCCCCAGCGGUGCCGGUGGCCCCCCAGCCCACAGUCCUGCCGCCGGCUUCCCCCCGGGCUGUCACCCCUCCGCCCACCGCCCCACCCCGGGUUGUCACUCCCCCACCCACGGUUUCUCCCCGGGCUGUCACCCCCCAGCCCACGGCACCCGUGCGGGCUGUCACCCCCCAGCCCGCACCACCUCCCCGGGUUGUCACCCCACAGCCCGUGUCCCCCCAGCCCGCCCCGGCUCCCCCCCGGGCUUUCACCCCCGAGCCCGCAGCCCCCCAGCCGGCUCCGGCUGCCCCCCGGGCUGCAGCCCCCCAGGCGGCCCCAGCCGCCCCCAAGGCUGCGGCCCCUCAGGCCAACUGCUUUCUCCACAAGAUCAGCUCCAACUCCUUCACGGUCACACCCCGGGGGCAGCCGCCCGGCGCCCGCGUCCCCGAGCCCGGUGCUGUCCCCGCCGGCCGCCCCGCAACGCCCAAGGGGCCACCAGUGCCAUCCACCAGCCCUUCCCAUGCCAGAGCCAACGCCAGGAGGCCAAAGCCGGAGGAGGCCGAGGUGGCCGUGUCGCCCCUGCCCAGUGCCAGUCCGGCCCCCAGUGCCACCGGCGCCACUCGGCCGCUCUCCGCCUCAGCCCCCCGGGCCGGCGGCUCCUUCGAAAUCCACCCGGCCCCCAAACCCGACCUGGCGGCCAUCCCAGCCCACGACCUGCAGGCACAGGCUCUGGCCAAGCUGCGCCUGAAUUCGCGCAAUUCCUUCGUCUUCGUGCCCCGCCGGGAGGGCAGCCCGGCUCGGCCGCCGGCCCAGAUCGCCAGGCCAGGGCCAGCGCCACCGCCCUCGGAGGAGAAGGCAGCCCAGGAGCCCCCGAGGGCUUCCGCCCCCGAGCAGGAAGAGCCCAUCACUUCCCCACCGGCGCCUCUGGAUCCGCUGGUACCUGUGACUUACAUCGAUGACAUUGUGGAGCCGGACAGCGGGGCUGGCCCGGCUGCGAGGACGGGGAGCUUGGCGGAUCAGCCCGGAGGAGCUGGCCCCGACCUGGAGAUGGAGUUUUCCUCUGUGCCCCUGUACAGGCCACAUUCCGCCCCCCAGCAGAGGGGAGGCAGCACCUUCACUGUCGUGCCCAAAAGGAAGCCCGUGGCCCCGGGGCUGCAGGCUCUCGCCGAUGCCAGCGGCAGGCCACAGCGGGAGGAAGAGGAGGAGGAGGAGGAGAGCAAAGGCAGAGGCAAAGCCGUGGAGAACGCUGAUGGGCCUCAAGUGGGGAUAUCCCAUAAAAAGCGCUACCCCACGGUGAACGAGAUUGAAGUGAUCGGGGGGUACCUGUCCCUGGAGAGGUCCUGCAUGAGCAAGACGGGCUCGCGCCGCAAGAAGAUGAAGAUCUCUUUCAACGAGACAAGUUUGCAGACGAUGUUUGAGUACCCCUCAGAGAGCUCCCUGGCAGAAGAGGAUGAAGAAGAGGAAGGACACGCUUCUGAAACGGAGGAAAAAUCUCGUACCUUUUACAUUCCACGCCCAAACAGCACUUUGCAUCCCAGUACUCCUAACUCAGCAGAUUUAUCCAGCUACACCCCAAAGCACUCCGUGAAGUUCAGCGAGUGGCAGGAGCAGAAGUAUGAGGGUCCUGCUGCAGAGGGAUCCCUCCCAAAGGAAGCUGAUUCCCAUGGGAACCAAGUCAUGCUCACCCCGGCGGAGAAGGGCGGUGUCUCGGAUUUCAGCAGCGAGCCCGCGCUCUAUUUCUGAGCUGCUCCGCGGCUCUGGGCACGGUGGGGCAGCGCAGCCCGCCCAGAGCCGUGCCCGCACCGCUGCUCCCGGAUCUGCUGCCAAGGCUGGACCAGCUGCCCUCGGGCAUCUUCGGAGGAUAUUUGCACUGGAUUUUGGGACCGAAUUACUGCUUUCAAGGCAUAUGAUUUAUUCUGCCUGUGGCCUUGCAUAUUCCUUGCUCAAGAUCAGCUGCCGGUUAGGCAAGUGUGGGAAGGACAUCUGUAAGCCCGGGAUGGAUGUUGAUUUUUCUCAGUGCUUGUCUGAGUCCAGGCACUGCAGGGUCUGGACAGCUUUUGCAACCCUUCUCCCCAAUGGAGGAUGGCACUGGGCAGUUAGGUGGGUUCACAGCAUACCUGUGAUUUGACACAUUGGGUGUCAGUUUGGAAAACCAUUGAAGGUUCAUGGUUUGUCCUUGGCAUGUUUCCAGCUCUGGUUUCACUGAAACAUCGUGGAAUUCAUGUGCCAGUUACAUGUUUGUGGAGCUCACUGAACACCCUGAGGGAGGGAUGGGAAGAGCAAUGAAUGCCUUUAGCUUUAGAUGUUAUUUUUGCACCAAUUAGUAAUGUCCAGGCUGCUUCCAGCCUAUUAAGAUUCCCAAACAUUGGCCAUAGCUUUGGUCUGUCCUUCCCAACUCUGGCAUCCAGUCUCUUGGGGUUGCUGAUUGUGCUCCAGUUUGCCACCUCCUCUUGUUGCUUUGUUCCAAAUCUGAUUGAUCUCUCUUGGUUGCUUCCUUCAAGCCACACUUGCUCUGCUCAUCUAGUCAAAGCACAGGAGGGAAGUUUCACUCCAUUCUUCUGCAGAACUUGAACAAGGAAUGUGGGUUAUUUUUGUUUUUUCUAGGAUUUUUAUAGUUCUAUUAUAAUUGUUUAAUGCAGCCAAUAUGCAAAGGAAUCUACUAGAAUCUUCCAUUCAAGUUUUCUACUACUGUAAACUCAGGGUCAAAAUUGCACUCUGGACCAGAUGGAGCAGUGCUGCUAAUGUGAUUUGUACUUUGGGAUUAAAAGAGAUGUGGUGAGAACAGAUCAGGCCUCUUUGGGCUUUAUGGAAUGAGUGGGGCGUGAUCCAAAGGAACAGGCUGCUGUCUUUGAUUAAAUUUUAUGGUUACUGGUUUGUCUAUUAUAGAUGAUGAAUGUCUGCUCAAGUGACACUGCUCUGUGAACUGAAAAUGCUCUGCAUACCUUGCACUUGGUUUGGUGUCUGUUGUAGCAGCAAGGGAAGGUUGGUCUACUGAAAAACACAGGAUUAAAUGUUAGGACAUACCUACUUGUAGCUGUUCCCUUCUGCCCUGGGUGCCUAAAUUCUUUUGGAAAGAUAAUGAAAAAAAAAAAAAGCUAAAAAGC